CUACUACUACUACUAAAACUAUAGUGUCAGGGAGUCUGACACUAACCCCUUAACCCUCCAAUUCUCUUCUUUUUUCUACUCAACUUCACUUCUCGAUACUCUUCCUUCUACCUAGUCAACUUUUCCAUGGAAGAAUCAUCUCCGCCACCACCACCCUCUUCUCGAUCUCCGUCCCCAUCUCCGCCACCCAAAACCUAUAAACUAACAGCUUCUUCAAUAUGCUAUUCAAAAUCAACCACCAAUAUUUCUCCUUCUUUCUUCUUCAAGCCUUGUAAUUGCAACAUAGCACCACCAAUUAACAUCUUGAAAGACAUUUCAUUCACUGCUUAUCCUUCUCAGAUUCUUGCCAUUGUUGGUCCAAGUGGUGCAGGUAAAUCCACAUUACUCGAUAUUUUAGCUGCUGGAACUUCACCUACAAGUGGCACUCUUCUCUUAAACUCUGUCCCCCUUCAUAAUCUUUCUUCUUUCCGUAAGCUCUCAGCUUAUGUCCCUCAACAUGAUUCUUGCCUUCCUCAGCUCACUGUCUCUGAAACUUUCGCCUUCUCUGCCCGUCUUCUCAACCCGAAACUCACUGAUGUUUCAUGCAUUGUGGAUUCUCUUCUAGCUGAACUCAGGCUCACACAUUUAGCAGACACAAGACUAGCUCAUGGCCUCUCGGGGGGAGAAAGAAGGCGAGUUUCGAUUGGUUUGAGUCUACUCCAUGAUCCUGCAAUCUUACUUCUUGAUGAACCAACUUCUGGUCUUGAUAGUAAUUCAGCUUUGAAUGUAAUGCAGACACUCAGAUCAAUCACUGACUCACGUCAACGUACUGUGAUUUUGUCAAUACAUCAACCAAGUUUCAAGAUUCUUGCCACCAUUGAUAAAAUUCUCUUGUUAUCAAAAGGAACUGUUGUACAUCAUGGAAAUCUGUCUUCUCUUGAAUCUUUUUUACUUGAAAAUGACUUCACUGUCCCUCCACAGCUCAAUUCUCUUGAAUUUGCCAUGGAAAUGCUCAACCAACUCAAUCAGAAAAAACCCUCUACACCAAUAAGUUUACCUCCUUCAUCCCCUAAAAAUUCCACCACCACUGUUUCUGAGACUAAAACUGGAAAAGUCAGAUAUAGGAGUUCAAGAAUUCAUGAAAUAGCUGUUCUGUACAGCAGAUUUUGGAAGAUCAUUUACAGAACAAAACAGCUAUUAUUAACAAACACGUUACAAGCUCUAGGAGUUGGAAUUGUUCUAGGAACGAUUUACAUUAAUAUUGGAUUUGGUAAAGAAGGAAUUGCAAAAAGAUUUGGGCUUUUUGCUUUCACUCUUACUUUUCUUCUCUCUUCCACAACUGAAACUCUCCCAAUCUUCAUACACGAAAGGCCAAUUUUAUUAAGAGAAACUUCAAGUGGGGUUUAUCGAUUAUCUUCAUAUCUUUUAGCAAACACAUUAGUUUUCCUCCCCUACUUGCUUGUUAUAGCAAUCUUGUAUUCAGUUUCACUUUAUUUCUUGGUUAGUCUUUGUGCUACAUGGCAAGCUAUCACUUACUUUGUUCUAACAAUUUGGGUCAUUCUUUUAAUGGCCAACUCUUUCGUUCUCUUCUUGAGCUCUGUUGCUCCCAAUUACAUCACCGGAACUUCACUCGUAACGUUACUACUCGCCGGAUCUUUCUUAUUUUCCGGCUACUUCAUAUCGAAAGAAACCAUGCCUAAGUUCUGGACAAUGUUGCAUUAUUUGUCAAUGUACAAAUAUGGCCUAGAUGCUUUGUUAAUCAAUGAGUAUUCUUGCCUUGUAUCGAAAUGUUUCGUAUGGUACGAUGAGAAGAGCAAAGUAUGUAUGGUAAGUGGACGUGAUCUGUUGGAACAAAGAGGACUACAUGAAAGACAGAGAUGGACUAAUAUCUAUAUCUUGAUUGGGUUCUUCGUAUUUUAUCGAUUACUUUGGUUGAUGGUAUUGAUCAGAAGAGUUUCAAGAUUGAAGAAGUGAGAUCCAUCACUUUCAUGAAUAGUCAGUUCACCUUGCUUCUUUUUUUUUUUCAUGCUUCUAAAAUGAUUCAUGUAACAAAAAUAAGCCUAACAUAUCUUUGUGGAGAUCACCCUGUUAAUUAUUAUUAUUAUUACUACUUUCAUCAUCUUUUGUUUAAUCCUUUCUGUUCUUCUUGUUCUUUUUUGUUUUUCAAGUGUUAAUAAUUUCCUCCUCUACGUUUCAGAACACUUCCUAUGCAUUGUAUCUACGUCAAUUCCUUGUAUUCCUUAUCAGU